AGCGGUGGGAGAAGGUGAGCGGCAGCCACUGCAUCAUGAAAGCCCCACAGCAGGCGGGGGGGCGCACCGACCAGAUGCUGGGGGCUAUGGGGGAUAUCCUGACCUCGCUGGCCCUGCCCAGCCAACACUGGCUGCCAGACCUGUGUUCUCCGCAGCCGGGAGCUGAGAUGCAACCCCAGGCUAGCAGCAGUGCGGAGGCGUCCAAAGACCACAGGAAGCAGCAGCAUGGGGAAUCCCAGCCAGAAGCAAAGGCACCAGGAGCCCCUGAGGGCCAGACCACAGAAGAAGAUCCCUACUCCAUUGCAGGCAGCGAUGGCAGCAUCUCUGCCUCAGUGGCCUCAAUCCAACCACAGGCAUCCAGCAGUUCAGCUCCUAGCUCCCCUGCCUCCCGCCACUCGGUCAGCACUCUGAAGAAAUGGCUGACCAACCCUGUGCGCAAGCUAAGUGCCGGUGGGCUACCUCGGGGCGAACGCCCGCUCAGGAAAACAGAUGGCCGGACUCGACGACAAGGCCGCCAGGAGGAUCGCAAGAGCAUCGACCUUGGGCUUCUGAGCCAAGCAGAGGGGCCUUUUGCUGUCCAACGGGGAGAGACAGUGAUUGCCACGGAUGGCAAUCCUCAUCUCCCGGACCUUUCCCUGCUUUCCAGCCUGCUAGAAGGGGAUAGCUCAGGAAGACAUACCCAGGAUCCUGACCCCUCUCUGCUCCCCAGUGACUCCCAAAGCUCUGGGGGGCCCUUGGAACCUCUGGUGCAGCCCCCAGCCUCUGAGGAACAGGAAGAGGAGGAGAGGCACAGUGCCUUAGAAAAGAGUAUGUUUGUUCUCAGGGAGUUGAUUGAGACCGAGAAGAAGUACGUGGAGGACCUGGGCAAGAUUGUGGAGGGCUAUAUGGUGACCAUGAAAGCCCGUGGCAUCCCCGAGAACAUGAAGGGCAAGGACAAGAUAAUCUUUGGGAACAUCCAUCAGAUCUAUGACUGGCACAAAGAUUAUUUACUCAAGCAGCUGGAAAGAUGUCUGGAGGAUCCUGAAAUAUUGGCGGACCUGUUCAUAAAGCAUGAGCGCCGCUUGCACAUGUAUGUUGUUUACUGUCAGAAUAAGCCCAAAUCUGAGCAUGUCGUGUCCGAAUUUAUCGACACUUACUUCGAGGAACUGAAGCAGGAACUGGGACACCGCUUGCAGCUCAGUGACUUGCUCAUCAAGCCUAUACAACGGAUCAUGAAAUACCAGCUGCUUCUCAAGGAUUUCCUGAAGUACUAUGGCAAAGCUGGCAAGGACACAGAACAGCUGGAGAGAGCUGUGGAGGUGAUGUGUUUUGUUCCCAAGCGCUGCAAUGACAUGAUGAAUGUGGGGCGGCUUCAAGGCUUUGAGGGGAAAUUAACAGCCCAGGGAAAACUGCUGCAGCAGAACACCUUCUGGGUCACGGAGCAGGCAGGCGGGAUCCUGGCCCGCGGUCGUGAGCGCCGCAUCUUUCUCUUUGAGCAGAUUGUCAUCCUAAGUGAAAUCCUGGAGCGGCGGCAUGGUCCAUAUACUGCCCCAACUUAUGCCUUCAAGAGCAGCAUCAAGGUAAGCUGUUUGGGCCUGGAGCCCUGCGUGGACAAUGAUCCCUGCAAAUUUGCACUGAUCUCUCGUGGCUCAGAACGGGGCACCAUCCGUUAUGUACUGCAGGCAGCAACGCCAGAGAUUGCCCAGGCCUGGGUGGCCGACAUCAGCCUCAUCUUGGAGACACAACGUGAUUUCCUCAAUGCACUGCAAUCGCCCAUAGAGUACCAACGUCGAGAGAGCAAGACCCACAGCCUGGGUCGGACCGGAGCCCUGCAUCCUUCACCCGCCCGGCCCUGCUCUUCAGUCUCCAUGGACCAGAACAAGGGAUCCAGCCUCCAGACCCACAAUGCCUCCCUGCCUUCGCUUUAUCUUCCUGGCCCAGCCCAACCUGAACAUCUGCCCUCUGUUGAGCCAUCUCGCAGUCAAAGCUCUCCAGGGCCUGGACCAGUUCACAUACAUUCGGAUAGCUCUGAGAUGCAACUUUCUGAUGCCCCCCAGCAGGAGUCCCUGCACACGGCCCCGAGGGAUGACGACGCCAGCCCGCUGCUCCCCGAUCCUGACGUCCCGGAUAUCAUCUUCCCUCAAGGCUGCGCCCGACUUGCCAAACUUGACGAGGAUGAACUGUGACUCUUGGGCUGUGGGAUAGGCCCUGUCAGGCCCAGGGACUUAGAUUGGGGGAGAUCUAAGUGGCUCUUCCCUCCCCCUCUCCUUCUGGUGGCUCUGAGGGAGAGACGCAGCGGCAUCACAAUGAAAACACUCGCUGCCCUCUGAUCCUGCUCCUAAAGCCCUGGCGUCCCCUUCCCGUAAAGGGGUGCAGGAACCCCACAUUGGGACCAGGGAAUGCUGCCGGAGGCCCUCCCCUUUCCCCCAGACCCCAGUAUAUGCAUGCUGUGGGGUUCUAGGGGGCUUCAGGUCAGGGGUCUCAGAUGAGGGGGGUUGGAUUGCGUGACAUGAGAAUUUUAUUUUGUUUGUUGUAAUAAUAAAGAUUUUAGU